AUGAAGGAGCUACUUGACACGGACCGGGUCAACUUUCUUGUCUGGAGGUACCUGCUUGAAUCUAAUUAUCGGGAGACGGCCGCCAAGCUCCAAAAAGAGUGGAGGGUGCACCAACCUCACAGGCAGUUCGAUUUCGCAUCUCAUGUGAACACAUAUGCCCUGGUGUCGCUUCUGAACAAAGGCCUCAUCUACGAAGACUACCAAAGGCAGUUUUCGGCGGCUGCGCACGAGGCGGCGCGCGAUGUGCCGGCAACGGCCGAUGCAGGUGCGCGGGGGGUGUUUGGGCCGCUAAAAUUCCAGCCCGAGGUGGUGAUGGACGAGGAUGAGGAGGACGAUGAGGAAUUCGAACUGGAGGCCGAACCCGAGGAAAUCGAGAACCCGCGGAAACGGGCGGUCGAGCGGCAGCAUCACCGCGAAUUGUCGCAUGGAUCCCCCGCAAAGCGACAGCGGCUCAGCAACGGCUACGAGAAUGGGGUCGAUUCAGCCACCACGCCAAUGGAAAUCGACCACCAACAUCCUGACAACAACCACGCCUAUCCGUCACCGCUUGAGGGCGAACAAGCCGAGUCCCCGCUCCUGCGCACCGAGGGCCCGUCUCGCGGCACGCAGGUCGAAAAGGUGCGCGAUCUGACGCAGGGCACCGUAUUUCUGCGACUGGGUGCCGACGAAUCCCAGGAAGCGAGCGAAAACCCUCUUGUGCUCCUCUGCGAGUGGAACCCCCGGGACCCAGCCCUCUUGGCGACCGCCGGUACAGAUGCGCUAGCCCGCAUUUGGACAUUACCCUGUGGAACCGCCCCAGACGCGGAGCCUGGUCACGUGGAUUCCCCCAGCCCAUCAUCGUUGAGCAUCGUCGAGGACGACCUCCCCAAGAAUGCGACUGUCUCAGCCAUGGCAUGGAGCUCGAACGGAGAGCUCAUCGCGCUUGGCACGGAACUCGGCAACAAGUCGCGGGUGAGCAUCUGCUCUAUGGAUGGAACGAGCAUGCACCGCUUCGACGGCCUCGACACCCCCGUCACUAAUCUCUGCUGGAGCCCCAACAACAACCUCCUUCUUGCCAUUAGCCCGGAUCUAAGCGGUGGGAUGGCGGAACCGAGAACCCUGAUUCACAUUUCGUCUCCUUCCAGGGUGAACUCCCUAUCGCAUGUCCUAGACCACGACCUCCCCUCCGACAGCCUCGAUGCGACAUGGAUCAGCGAGACCGAGUUCCUCUUGUGUGGCGGUGACCUGCUAGUCUCCUUCCGAUGCACAGAGCAAGGGAUUGUGCAGGGUAGAGAGUUCCAGACGGGCACGGAUGAACGCUUCAGCCUCGUCGAGUUCGAUUGGAGGUCUAAGCUGGUUGCGACCGCGAGCGAAAAGGGCUACAUUGACAUCUGGGAUGAGUCUGGAAAGCGCCGCUCAAUACCUGCGCACGACGGUGGCAUCACAAGCCUCAAGUGGCAACCGCUGCAAAACGACCCUGCCGAAGACGAGCGAUUGCUAGUAUCCGGGGGCGAGGAUGGGGCCGUUCUGGUGUGGAAUGUUCGAAGUGCCGAGGUCAAGCCAAAAUAUUCUAUUACCAUGCCGCCACCGCUCGCAGUCAACAACCUCUCGAUGAGUCCCGACGGGUCACUCAUCGCCGUGGCGACACACGACAGGAUACUUGUUUGGAAAAUUGGUGACCACGCCAUGCCCAAGGCUAGCUGGGUGCCGCAGCCGGGCUGGCAAAGCCCUAACACGGGUACCGAUUCCGAGGAUGCCAUUCCCUGUUUGGGGUGGGACUGCGAGGGCCAGCGCUUGGUCUAUGGUUCGGAAAAUAGGCUUGCCGUCAUAAGCCUCCGCGAACACGAGAGGUGA